AUGGGGCGGCCGGCCCGCAGCCUGGCUUCGCUCCGGCUGCUGCUGCUCCUGGCGCUGGGGCACGCCUGGACUUACCGGGAGGAGCCGCAGGACGGCGACAGGGAAGUCUGCUCGGAGAACAAAAUCGCCACCACCCGCUACCCGUGCCUGAAGCCCACGGGCGAGCUCACCACCUGCUUCAGGAAAAAAUGCUGUAAGGGUUAUAAAUUUGUUCUUGGACAGUGCAUCCCUGAAGACUAUGAUGUGUGUGCUGAAGCUCCUUGUGAACAGCAGUGCACGGAUAACUUCGGACGAGUGCUGUGCACUUGCUAUCCUGGGUACCGCUACGAUCGGGAGAGACACAGGAACAGGGAGAAGCCGUAUUGCCUGGACAUCGAUGAGUGUGCCGCCAGCAAUGGGACACUGUGCUCACAGAUCUGCGUCAACACUGUGGGCAGCUACAGGUGUGAGUGCCACGAAGGCUACACCCGGGGGGAGGAUGGCAGGACGUGCACCAAGGGAGAUAAAGCUGGACUUUCUGAGAAAUCUGAAAACGUGGCAAAACCAGGGACAUGCUGUGCCUCUUGUAAGGAAUUUCAUCAAAUAAAGCAGACGGUUUUACAACUGAAGCAAAAGGUUGCUUUGCUACCAAAUAAUGCUGCUGAUCUUAGCAAGCAAAUCACUGGUGAAAAAGUGCUUGCAUCUAAUGCAUAUAUCCCUGGCCCCCCGGGACAGCCUGGCCAACAAGGUCCUCCAGGGGCACCAGGACCAAAAGGAAGUCAAGGAGUUCCUGGGUCACCUGGACCACCUGGACAGCCAGGCCCCCGGGGAUCAAUGGGACCCAUGGGCCCAUCUCCAGAUAUAUCCCACAUUAAACAGGGCAGACGGGGCCCCGUGGGCCCACCUGGAGCACCAGGGAGAGACGGUAGCAAGGGGGAGCGAGGUGCACCAGGACCAAAAGGGAUACCUGGCCCACCAGGUUCGUUUGACUUCCUAUUGCUGAUGAUGGCAGACAUCAGAAAUGACAUCGCAGAGCUGCAGGAGAGAGUGUUUGGACGGAGGACUCAUUCAUCAACAGAGGAGUUUCCAUUACCUCAGGAAUUUACAAACUAUCAUGACACAGUAGAUUUUGGAUCUGGAGAAGACUACAAAUCACGGGCAGCACCCAGAGACUCCAGGAUACAGAAGGCAGCCCAUCCUUAGCUAUGCCUACUGAAAAGUAGAGCCCCUCUAGAGAUCUUUGUCACAAAAAUGCACUGACAAUGUAAAAUAUAUAUAGAUUAUUUCCCGUUCUUUCUCUUUGCUUUUCCCUAACCAUGCUGCCUGUACUGUAGCUUUCCCAGUUCAUGAUGGCCUCCUUGCAGUAAUUUUAUACCUUCAAGCCUGCACUGUGCACUGUAUGUAGUUUAUCAGGAAAACCUUCUUAAUGCGUAGGGCUAGCAUGAAUCAAGGCAAGAGCUAGCUAGUGGUGCAGACAACAGUAUCUCAUCUGCCUACCUGUGGUUCUGUGUCCAAAUGACCCAGUACCAAAUUUUUCAAGGGGUAGAGAGGUGAGAGAGGUAGCUGAACAUCAUCCCUGAAAGACAUCAGUCAUGAAAGUCUAGGUUCACAUUUACUUUAUACUUGUAAAUGAGUUAUUCCACUGAACACAAGUCUCCAGCUAGUGUCCCCAAGCUUAGGAGAGUGUGAAAGGUGGAUCUCUCUUUCACAGCAGGGGCCAGGAGUCUCCUGUUAUGCUUCACCAUGACAGAAAAAGAAAUUGAGAUGAAGCAGUGAUGCUCGUUGAUCAAGAAAUUAUGUGGCUUGCAGUUGAUAGAGAAUUGUGCAAAAGCAGUCAAGAAGACAUCUUUGCCUAAACUAACCAUUCUUUCACUGCUUAGCGUGAAACCCAGUUCUCUUUCUCAGCAGGUUCAUACUGAAUACAUUUUCACAUAGAUGAGCAAAAGAACAGGGAUAAAGCAGGAAAAGCAAGCAUAUAUCAAUCAAGUUGGCUUAUUGGCAAGCACAAAUAUCUCAACCUUGCAGAAAGUCAAGAUUCUGACCUCCUGCAAGUGCUUGUCUUCCUUGGUGAAAUGCUAACUCAAUUUUAUUUGAUCCAAGUAAAACUGAGACCAGAGAGAGGCCUCGUUUGCAAAGAGCUUCCAUCUGUUUUGUUCCUUUGCUGCAUGAGAGCAACCUAAAUGGCAUUCACAGAACUGGAACACAAGAGUUGCAGUGUGUUUGGCUGGGUAUAUGAGGAGUGUGGGUAGGUGCAGGAGUGCACAUGACGAAACAUUUCACAUGGUACAAGUACAGCUAAGGUGAGGCACUGCACAUGGCAUCCUGUAUUUGUGAAGACGGAUGAAAGGGAGUGCCCUUUUUUUACACUGGAAAAUGGGAUGCAGGAGUUAAGACCAUACCUCACGGAUGAUGCAUGUUAACUUUUUUAUGGGGAUUUUCUCAGCUGCUGAGGACUUUGCCAUGCUUAGAAGAUAAAGUAGUAUAUUAAGCACCAAACUUCAGUGUUGUAUCUGCGUAGCUGCUACUUCCACAAGAUGUUUAGUGCUGGGUCCUGUCCACAUCACAAAUGCAUUUAUUGUGCCAUGUUUUCCAUGGCUUGCAAGUUCUAGUAGAAUAAAUACUGGUAAAAACAUAAGGAGGUCCUUUUCAAAUAAUCUGUAAAGUUUUGGAUCCCCUUCCAUAUUCUCUUGGCCAAAAGACAGUUGGUGUAAUCCCUACACCACCAAAACAGGUCAUGUUGUAUAAACAGCUGGCUGUCGAGACCUUCCAUAUCUUUUGUAUAUUAUCUUAAGAGGAUUUUCUUCAUUCCUGUAAUUGUUUCACAACUUUUCACUAUCAGUAUGCCACAAGCAAGAGCAUUAGGUUAGAACAUUAAUGUUCUUUAUUCCUCUUCACACUAUACGCAUAUCAGUAUUUACACAGCAAUGACUAAGCCACUGGUCUAAGAUAAGCUAAGGAAAAAUGAGUGCACUCAGCCUCUGGUCUUUGGGCUUCUCUUCUGAAAGCACCUCACCCAGCAGCUGCAGAUCCAAGUAAUCUUAUGAAGGAGGUAAUGGGGAUAUCAGUGAGACGUGAGGAAGGAACUUCUGGCCAAAGAAAGGGUGUUCUUACAUAAAGCAGACUGAAAGAAACUUCUGAAUCAGCAUUAAUUGAGGCAUGUAUGUAUUAUUUUCUAAAAUUCAAAGAGGCAACUGGGUACAAAUUAUGUAGUUCAUGAAUAUGCAGUAAGUACAAUUGUUAAAUGUCUGACUAUGUAUUUGUAACUGUUGCAAAUUAUCUAACUCUUGCAUAUGUUCACCACCACCACCCAUGAGCUUCUGGACCAGGUUGAUUUCCACUACAGAAUUAGAAGCUGCGAUUGUUUGAACCACCAGAUAUUGAGCAAUGAAUUAAAUGAGUUACUUCCUCCAUGCUGACUAAAUUCUAUUGCCCACUGCACACAAAAAGGCACUUAUUUGAGUUCUCAGCUCUGCUUUUCUGAAUAUAUACAAAUAGCAUUUCCUACAGUCUGACAACUGAAUUCAGGGGAAUGCAGUAAUUGCCCUGCCUUGCAUAAGUAUUCAGGGAAGAGAAAUUCUGAUACUACACCAGAAAAAAAAGGUAAAAUACAUGCCUUGUUGUAAGUGCAGAAGCUGUCCCACAAACUUGAGAGCAUAAAUAGGGCACAUUUUUACAUGCCUUUCUCAAUAACUUCUCUUUCUGUAGUCAGCAUCAUGGUUUUUUUCACAGUCCAGAGCUGUUUCUUUCCAGCAUACAUGCUUUCUCCAUAAAAAUGGUGAAGGAAAGAGCAACUUGGGUUUGUCACAGAAUCACUACACUUGUCCUUGUGCCUCACCUUCUUUCCACAGACUCCUUGCCCCAAAGUGCUGUUGGCUGAGUCCCAGCAGCAAGGAGAAGAUGCUGUGGUAAGGACACAUUCACUCCACAGGACAGAGGAAUGCCUCUAGCAGGGAGAGCUCCUCUGAAUAAAGCUGGCUGGGAAGGAUCAGCCUUGUGUCUGAGAACCUCUGUGCACAACUUUAUCAUUUUAUUUCUCAUUAACUGUAUGAUAACUUGCAUAACACAUUGUAUCAGAACCAUUUCACUACAGUUCCUAGAGAAACACAUGCAGAAGCUCACAAAAAUGAAGCUUUCUUAAGCACACCCAAACUUUUAUAGACACAGAUCAGAAGAGACAUCUCCAGUUUUAAGCAGUUACUAGAGAGAAGAAAGCCAUCAGCUUAUAAAUUAUUUAUUUCUCUAUAGCUCCAAAAGUAAUAACCCAAGAAGAAUGCAGUAACAUCUAUAAUCAUGUCCAGUUUCGUUACUAGGCUCACGCACGUGACAACUUUGUUUCGUAUAAAUACUAUGUAUAGUUUUAUUAGAAAGAAAUAUUAUUUUGAUGUUAAGACAUCAAGUUAUAAGCAGAAGGAUAAUAAAGAGGUUGUUAUUUUAUUAACAUUGGAAAUAUAUUUAAUGGAAACAUUUGCAAGAGUGUGUAGUGAUGGGGAAAUACUGACUGUUAAAAGGUUUAACAAAAACAUAAACCUCCCAGGGACAUACGGGAUUAGUCUUCCUUGCAAAACUAGAAUACUGACACAUAACAAUUCUUACAUGGUGAGGUUAAACCAGAAAAAGGAGAGGAAAAUUGAAUGUGUACAGAAUUAUGACAAUCCCUGGAGUUAUUUUUGGUCCUGGUUUGAAUAACAUUUUUCUCACAAGUAUUUCAGAGUUAACAUGUUUAGCCCCAGAGAAGCAACAAAAGAUGGGGUCCAAAAAUUUGUUAAUUUCACUUAAGAUCGAUAUGUUUGUUCCUAUUACGCAUUCCAGUAACUAUACUGUUCACUUUAUUUAUAUACAAAAUACUAAAAUGUGUAUAAAAUGAUUGUGAUUUUAUGAUGUAUUCGUAAUAACAAAGAUAUUUUUUCUUA